AUGGAAUAUCCCAAUCCUUGUUUGCUUCGACCCAUCGGGGGUUCCGAUCAUCUAGAUUCGAUCAAGGUUCAUCCAACACGCUCCGCAGUCCGGACCAUCAUCAGCAUCGUCAUCGCACCGGAGACUCACGUGAAAAUGACCCUUUUCUUUUGGGGGGUCCCUUUUCUCUUCCCCGGUGAUAUCCACUACUACUACUACUACUACUACUACUACUACUACUACUACUACUACUACUACUACUACUACUACUACUACUACUACUAG